AUGGCGGCGGUCGCGGAGGAGGCUAUGGUGGCGGCUAUGGCGGUGGCUAUGGAUACGGGAAAUGAUCCGAUUAUCCUUGACAAUAGUGAUGAUAGUUGUAACGAUGAAGAAAAAGGUACUGGACGUAAUACAUUUACAAAGUCCGCAAAAUCUACAACUUGGUCGCAAGGAGAAACGGGCAUUAUGUAUCAUUUGGACAUCGGCGAGAAGGACAUGGCAAGUGUCUGCAAUCUACUAAGCGCAGAACGGCUCAGCGAUUCCCUCGGUGGAUAUAAAAGCUUGAAGUUCCUUCAGCCUGAAGCAGAGUCUGGCCUGACUUCAUACCGAAAAGCUUUGCACAAUGGUACGUAUACUGCAUGGAGUGAAUGCGUGUGCUUGCUUCAGCACAAAUAUUCUCUCGCACUUGCGUUGGUGGCUGCCAUGGUGGCAUGUGUCCUGGCGGGAGGCAGAAGCUAUGGUGGAUAUGGAGGCGGUUAUGGAGGCGGCCGUGGAGGCGGUUAUGGUGGCGGGUACGGAGGCUAUGGAGGUGGUUAUGGAGGCGGUCGCGGAGGUGGCUACGGAGGCUAUGGAAGCGGCUACGGAGGUGGCAGCGGAGGUUAUGGUGGUGGUUAUGGAGGCGGUCGAGGAGGUGGCUACGGAGGCUAUGGAGGCGGCUACGGAGGUGGCAGCGGAGGUUAUGGUGGUGGUUAUGGCGCGGUCGCGGAGGUGGUUAUGGAGGCUAUGGCGGGUCGCGGAGGAGGCUAUGGUGGCGGCUAUGGCGGUGGCUAUGGAUACGGGAAAUGA